AUGACUGAUUGGGCGUUGCCACAACCGAUUCCCCAUAUCUCUCAUUCUUUUAUUAUGCCUCAGGGACCAGAAAUGGAAGCUUCUUUUACUCAUGAAGACAUUGAAGAAGUUAUUCAGGAUCUCAGUCAGUUGUUUUGUGAAGUAAACAUGGUCCAAGUUGGUGAAAGUACAAGUCAUGCCGAUGUGCAGCUCGUGGGCUCAGGUUUGAGUGUUGAUUUAGUGGUCCAUAAGUUGCCCACUCAUCCUGAUUUUCCACCCGUCCAACAAAAAAGAAGAAAAUUCAAACCGGACGUGAGUGAAAAAAUCAAGGAAGAAAUCAUGAAACAACUAAAUGCAAAUGUGAUCCAAACCAUUCGUUACACUACUUGGUUGGCAAAUAUUGUUCAUGUGCCGAAAAAGGAUGGAAAGACAAGAGUUUGUGUUGACUAUCGAGAUUUGAACAAAGCUAGUCCAAAAGACAACUUUCCCUUGCCAGAUGUGUUUGCUUGGUCCUCUGAUGACAUACCAAGUUUAAGUGUUGAUUUAGUGGUCCAUAAGUUGCCCACUCAUCCUGAUUUUCCACCCGUCCAACAAAAAGAAGAAAAUUCAAACCGAACGUGA